CACAUGCCAAUAGGCGCGACAGAUAAAAAAACUCACACUAUUUCUAGGUCCCUGAAUUUAAGAAAAUAAACACAUGUUCAGCAAUAUGAAGGUUACCAACAAACUUGACAUUCGUCAUGUUUUAUUGGUCAUAUUUCUUUUGGUUUUGUUGUACUGGCUUUUAAUGACAGGACCUGAGCAAAAGAAAAGCGAGAUAAAGGAGGGAGAGAAAAGUGGAAUAACGAUUGUGGAGUUGCAGGCGAAGAUUAAUGAAUUGCGAGAGCAUGAAGUGAUCCUAAAAUCUAGUUUUGAACAAGAAAAAGAAGAACACAAAGCUGAAUUAGGCAAAGCACAAAAUACAAUAAAAAUCUUAAAAGAGAAUCUACAAAAAAGCAAAAAAAUGGAUGAUCUGGACAAAAAAAUCAAUGAAAAUUCCAUAAAAUCAGAUGCUUUAGAAAAAGAAAAUAUGGAAUUAAAAGAGAAGUUAGCAGCCAAAGAUAAAACUACACAAUUAGUUCAACAAGUGACUACCAAACCAUUUGUUGGACUAAAAUUAGUUCAUUUUGACCUAAAAGGUGCCCCACCAAAGGUUGAUUAUUUAAUAAAGGUAAUGCAGCUAUCAAAAUCUUAUGGUGCCAAUGGUUUCUUGAUUGAAUAUGAAGAUAUGUUUCCUUGGAAGGGAGACCUUCGGAUGUUGGCACAAAAAAAUGCAUACUCAGAAAAAGAUAUCAAACAUCUUUUAAAAAGUGCAAAGGAGCAGGAUUUAAUUGUAAUUCCUCUGGUGCAAUCUUUUGGUCACUUGGAAUUUGUUUUGAAGCAUAAAACUUUUUCACAUCUAAGAGCAAAUAAGGAAAUUACAAACUCUGUUUCUGCUUUAAAUAAUGGAUCAGUUGGACUUGUAAAAAGCUUGAUUGACCAGAUUAUUGCAUUACACCCAGAUUCAAAAUAUAUACAUUUAGGUGGUGAUGAAGUGUGGAACAUGAAAACAUGUGAUCAAUGUCUUAGUAGCAAUAUGACUGACACAGAACUUUUUAAACAUCACAUGAUACCACUUUUUAAGUACUCUCAAACAAAGAAAAAUUUUAAUGGUGAAAAACUUCAGCCAAUUAUUUGGGAUGAUAUGAUGAGGAAGUGGUCUGUCAAAGAUUUAAAAGAAAUGUCAAAAUAUGUCACACCUAUGGUAUGGGCAUAUGUUGCAAAUUUAGACAACUACAGCCAUUUUCCAGAUGAUAUUUGGAAACGCUAUUCAGAAGGUUUUCCUGAAAUAUGGUUGGCUAGUUCUUUUAAAGGUGCCCUUAAACCAUGGUCCAAUUUUGUUCCAAUCCAACAGCAUCUAAAUAACCAUCUAUCUUGGUUAAAAAUAACAACCACUUUGCAAGGAAAAGGAAUAAAAGUAACAGGUAUAGCACUUACAGGUUGGAGUAGGUUUGAUCAUUACGGCCCUUUAUGUGAGCUACUUCCAGCAGGCAUACCAUGUUUAGCUCUGUGUUUAACUGUGCUAAGCAAAGGCAAGUUUGAUGACAGGAUUCAUGCAGAUGUUUCAGAAAAGUUAGGGUUUACUAAAGUCUUCAAGAUUGAUGUUACAAAUUUCAAAGGAUAUACGCCAGAAGAAGCAAAGUUCCCUGGAGCAGAUGUAUACAAAUUGGCCGGUGGUGUUGAAAAUGCAUUGGGGUGGCGAGAUUGGUCAUUGGUGCGUGAGAUCGGUUGGACACGCCCGUUUCAUUUAAAACGUAAACAUGCUGGGUUCUUUGCAUUAAACACAACUAUUAGUGGGUUAAAUAAAAGUAAUUUACUGUUACGUUCUGUGAAAGAGAAAGCCCGUGAUUUGCUGAUCUCUUAUUUUGAGGAUGAUGUUAUUGAUGAAUGGAUUAAAGACAAAAUUGAUCACUAUGUGGACCUUAGUAACAUGACUAUUGAUAAAGUGCAAAAAAUCAUGAAAAAAAUGAUGUUUGACUAGAUUUUUUUAUGAUUUUUAUAUUAUAUCUACUUUUAAUUUUGUCUAUGUUGGUCACAUAAUAUUAUAUUAUAUUCUUUUCAUCCUUUGCCCUUUAUCAUGGUCAAAUUUAAAAAAAAAUGUGAUUUAGCUUAUGCAUUCAAUUUUAAACAAAAACUUAGAUGAUCCAACAGAGAAAUACAAUCACCUCAAACAAUUCAUUAAGUUUGUGUUAUUUUUUUUCUUUUACUCCAUUCACAUAUUUUCACUGGAUAUUGUAUAUGCCUUGAAAUAAGUAAAUUUUGUGUUGUAAUUUUGUGGUGUGUCAGAUAUAUAUUUUUAGCUUGUAAUGGGUGAUAAGUAGCGAUGAUUUUGUCUUUCAUAUAAAGUCUUUCGAGUCUGUGGAAGAUGUACGACUGACUAAAUACUUAUCGUUUAUAUCCUGUUUUUGCACUACACCCUUCACAUACCUGCCACAUUUACACGAUCAUGUAACAUGCAUAAAACAAUUAUGAUCAUGUAGUGCCAGUUGUAUGUGGUAGUACAUGUUUUUAUGUAUUUUUUUCUUCAUAUUUAACCAUGAAUUCUGCUGUUAUAAUUGCACAGAAUGGAAAAAAAAGAAGAAUGUUGAGUGGCUUGCUUGAUAGGUGCAGCUUGAGAUUAUUGUAUUUCAACAGCACUUUGUGAGAUAUUUCUUUUAUACUCCUCUAAGAUAAUUUUCCACUAUCAAAUCUAUUGAUUAAGGAAUUGUGUCAUUUCAAUCCCUCUUUGCUGACAUUAGUCUCACACAAAGACAAAUUAAUCUCAGUACAAUAAAGUUGAUCACGUUUUUUCUUGAAAUUUUAGCAAAAGAAACAGACAGUUUUAGAAAAUUUGCAUCAUAUAUUAAACAAGCUAUUUUUUUUUAAUUUGAGUUGUAUAAUUCUUUGGAAAUAGGGAUAUGGAAAAAAUAGUUUGGGUGCUUGUAAGACAUCUUGUAUGGUGAUUACGUUGUGUAUAUUAUAACUAUUUUAACUAGAAAAUUUUGUGUGUUAAAUUUAAUAAGAUGUAUUUAUCCAAUAGUAGAUGUAAUGUUUACUAUUUUGUUAGAAACAAUGCACGUAAGGGGUGCACAUUAAUA